UCCAUUCAACACUUUAUCUCCCGUUGUAAAAAAAAAAAAAAAAAAAAAAGGGGAUCGUCAGCCGAUCGAAGGGAGUCUGCUGGCUCCCUGACGCGAGCCAAGAAUCUAUAGAUAUAUAGAACCCGAGACGGAAUCAUUGUUUUACGCUCUAAAGGACUUUUGUGAACGCUUCAGGGACGGUGGCAGUUUAUUUUCGGUACACCAGGAGCAGUGUGGUAGCCAGCUGUCCCAAAUUGAGUGUUUUCUGGCUUUGAUGCGACCCGAGUGUGCCUGGAGCAUGUCCACAGUGGGCCUGACUGCCCAGGAGACAUCUUUUCCCGUAGAACACCCCUUCCUGCGGGGCGGGUACUGUCGUCACAGCAUGGCCGGAUCCAAACCAUCGUGGAACUUUCGCCACGAGCUGGACUUCUACUUUAAUCUGAAAUCUGCACACGCAGAUCACAGCUCUCAUGGCCAGCAGAAGGGUCCGCCAACUCUAAGUUACGAGAGACACAAACACGGCUACAGCACACAGAAGUUACCUCCCAAGACGUCCCGGCCUUCCCACCUCUCCCUGUCCUGCGCCUCUGAACCCUCCACCCCAAGUCCGACCAAUGACGACCAGGUGGUCCCCUCAUUCCAAAGGCUCUCCGUGUGUAGCAGUCCGCCGCAGACCCCCGACAGGUGCUCCAAGCCUCUCCCCCCCAUCCCUGCGCACAGGAACAUGUCAGCCGAGCAGGCCGUGGACAACGAGGUGGAGUUUUUUCCCAGUGCGGACGAGAGCUGCUGCCUGGUAUCAGAUCAGUAUUCCAAACAUUUUCGUCACGGGGUUUCCGGUCGAAGGAGCUUCAGGGACUGCGGGCAGGACAACCUCGCUUACUACGAUGGACCCGUCGCGCCGCAACGCCCAAUGCCUCAGCAGCUGCCGCAUCCGGCGCAGCCGCCGCAUCCGGCGCAGCCGCCGCAUCCGGCGCAGCCGCCGCAUCCGGCGCAGCCCCCGCAGCAGGAAGUGAGUCAGGAGCAGCAAGUGGUCUGUCAGAGACCACAGGACAGAACUCAGAGGAAACUACGGCGUACUCAAUCUGGACCAGCCGGAUACAAACACUCUCAACUGCGCCUCCCCUGCCACUACACCGCGGACAGGUCGGCGGUUCCUCCCCCCGUCCCGCCGCGGACAAGCAAGACGGCGGACCCUCGCCGCUGGUCAGCCGAGGUGUCGUCCGGGGCGUACAGCGACGAGGACCGACCGCCCAAGCUGCCCCCGAGGGAGCCCUUCCGCACCCCCGGCCUCCCCAAGUACUUCAACGGCGUCAUGCCCGCGACCCAAAGCUUUGCACCGGACAAAAACUACGUCAGUCGGGGUUUACAGAGACAGAACAGCGAGGGCUCCCCUUGCAUCCUGCCUAUCAUAGACAAUGAGGGGAACAAGGACAGCAACACUCACUACUACCUUCUGCCGGAGCGGACCAACUUUGUGGCCUACCCUUGCCCGGAAAAGCUACUGCAGGCCAUGGGAAGCCCGUCGGCUCGCAAGGCGGACGUAUCGGACUCGGAGUGGGGCUGCCACACGAGGAGGAAAGCACACGUGGAUCUAGUUUGAACUGCUGCUCUUUUUGUUUGAAGCCGUUAUGUAUUGUACGACACCAGGGUACCCCCAGGUAUCCUGAGGUUGCGUUCGGCGUUUUCGGACCUGUGUUUGAUGUCAUGUUGGCAGUACGGUGUGAAAGGUGCAAGCGGGCCUUGAACCUCCCCACAGUUCAGUGUUUUAGCGUCUGGAAGGUUGAGGAAGUUCAGUAUGUUCAGUGUCGGGCUUGUAUUUUUGUUUUAAAACGCUGCUUUUGUGCCUCACCAGGGACACAAUGUGACACCUAAUCUAUCAAGUAGGGAUGGGCGUGGUAAUUGAUUGCUGAUUCAUCCAAUCAAUUAAGGCAAAGUGGAGUGCAGUACUCGGGCGCAACCAGCAGAGGCGCUGUUUGGAAUCAGUCGCAACUCGGAAAGUCAAAAAUUAGAGAUGUCCGAUAAAUGCUUUAAAAUGUAAUAUCGGAAAUUAUCGGUAUCGUUUUUUUUAUUAUCGGUAUCGUUUUUUGUUGUUUUUAUUAAAUCAACAUAAAAAACACAAGAUACACUUACAAUUAGUACACCAACCCAAAAAACCUCCCUCCCCCAUUCACACUCAUUCACACUCAUUCACACAAAAGGGUUGUUUCUUUCUGUUAUUAAUAUAAUGGUUCCUACAUUAUAUAUCAAUACAUAACAAUACAGUCUGCAAGGGAUACAGUCCGUAAGCACACAUGAUUGUGCAUGCUGCUGGUAUCAGAAUAUCGGAUAUCGACAAAAAGCCAUUAUCGGACAUCCCUAAAAAAAAUGAAAUAGUUGAAUUACCCUCAGCUCAAAGCCCAUCCCUCAGAUAUGAAGAUUGUAGGGUCAAAUGAAGGAUUCUAGCACACAAAUAUCUACUAUAUGUUUUUUUAUCGAUACGACACCAUUACAAUUUUUGUCAAGUGCAGCUUCUGUAGCGUCCUCUCACACAGACCCUGUAAAACAGACGCCUCAGAGCCGUGGCAGCCAUCACAGUAGCCGAAAGACAUCUCGUUCACAGAUUCUGUGAAAUAGCCGCAUCAGAGGUGUGCCUUUCACACAGAUUCUGUGAAAUAGCCGCAUCAGAGUUGUGCCUUUCACACAGAUUCUGGGAAAUAGAUGCAUCAGAGUUGUGCCUUUCACACAGAUUCUGGGAAAUAGCUGCAUCAGAGUUGUGCCUUUCACACAGAUUCUAUAAAAAAAAGCUGCAUCAGAGUUGUGCCUUUCACACAGAUUCUGUAAAAAAGCCGCAUCAAAGUUGUGCCUUUCACACAGAUUCUGUGAAAUAGCCGCAUCAGAGGUUUGCCUUUCACACAGAUUCUGUAAAAAAGCCGCAUCAGAGUUGUGCUUUUCACACAGAUUCUGUAAAAUAGCCGCAUCAGAUUUAUGCCUUUCACACAGAUUCUGUGAAAUAGCCGCAUCAGAGUUGUGCCUUUCACACAGAUUCUGUGAAAUAGCCGCAUCAGAGUUGUGCCUUUCACACAGAUUCUGUGUAAUAGCCGCAUCGGAGUUGUGCCUUUCACACAGAUUCUGUGUAAUAGCCGCAUCAGAUGUGUGCCUUUCACACAGAUUCUGUAAAAUAGCCGCAUCAGCGUUGUGCCUUUCACACAGAUUCUGUAAAAAAGCCGCAUCAAAGUUGUGCCUUUCACACAGAUUCUGUGAAAUAGCCGCAUCAGAGGUGUGCCUUUCACACAGAUUCUGUUAAAAGCCGCAUCAGAGUUGUGCCUUUCACACAGAUUAUGUGAAAUAGCUGCAUCAGAGUUGUGCCUUUCACAUAGAUUCCGUAAAACAGCCGCAUCGGAGUUGUACCUUUCACACAGAUUCUGUAAAAUAGAAAGCCGUGGCAGUCGAUGCCUUUCACACAGAACACAACAAAGAGGCUUUUUGAAGCAACCCUACAUUUAUCACACAGCAAAAGCGCAGCAGCGUCAACAGGACAGGAAAAGAAUUACGAUGUGCACAGGUGCUGUCCUGCCUCUGUUAGGGCUCUUCUACUACUUUUGAAUGCAGAGCUCUUGCAAAAUUGACCAAUCAAAGCUGUAAGAGAAAGUAUCCUGCCUCUCGUGAGAUGCUGCAAAAUACUUGUUGUACAGCAACAAUUCCUUUUAACACAACAAGGGCGGGAGAUGUGAAUGUCCAGCCAUUGCGGCAUACACUAUUUACACCGGUCUUCUGUUACGUACCUCUGAUAUUGGAAUGAUGGUUGAGCGACUUAGUCCUUCAGUUCCGUGACGUAUAUGCAGAACAGCGGUCUGGAAAAAAGACAAGCUUUUACAAGCUGUGUGAAAGGGUCUUCUGCGAAAUGGGUGCAUUAGAGCCGUAACAGUCUGGCAUUUGCUUUUUACCUGUGCGCUUUCACGUUGCGACAAGACGAUCAGAUUACGGAAUAUAUAAAAUAACAAAGUGUCUCGCUAGUCGGGCACCCGCUAUAUAAACAAGUCUUUUCCCGGCUUUGUUCCUGCUCUGUUACUACUACUCUCAAAGUCAACCUGCGAAAAGGUACAUGCCAACUUUAUAAAAGGGGCCGUAGAGAUCCUAGAAAAUCAGAGCCGUAACAGAAGCUCAGGAAUUUACUUUCUACGUAGAACCUGGCGAAACCAGACAUGUUUUCUUUUCACACAGCAACAUGUCUUUGUGCAGUGACAAUUGCUUUCAAAACAGCAGUGAGCGAGUUGCAGGAACUAAACAUCUCACCUGUGUCCAGCAACAGGCAUCAUCCUGGAUUUGUUACGGCUCUGAAUCGAGUGUUGGUGCCUUUUAUACAGAACAGCAACCCGCAAAAAGGCAGAAAGAUGGCGGCUUUUCCAGGCUGUGUGAAAGAGGCUGUAGAGAUCCUGUGAAUUGACACAUCCUAGCUAUAACAAAAUAUUGGGCUUUUGCUUUUUACGCAGAACCCAGCAAAACAAGAUAUUUCCACAUAGUUACAUACACCCCGGUCUCCUUCCUCCUCUGAUACUACUAGUCCAAAGGCAACCCACAAAAAGGCAGUCUGUGUAAAAGGGGUUUUGAAUCGACACAUCAGAGUUAUAACAGAGGAUCUGGCUUUUGCUUUUUACACAAACUCAAGAUAUUUCCGCGACUGUGCGCUUUUCACACAGCAACACACAGUCCCCGUCAUCCUCUCGUUUCUACUACUUCAAAGUCAACCCACAAAAAGGCAGUCUGUGUAAAAGGGGCUGUGAAUCGACACAUCAGAGUUAUAACAGAGGAUCUGGCUUUUGCGUUUUACGCAAAAACAAGAUAUUUCCGCAACACACCCCGGCCCCCGUCAUCCUCUGAUUCUACUACUCCAAAGUCAACCCACAAAACCGCAGAACGAUGGCGGCUUUCACAGUUUGUGUAAAAGGGGCUGUCGAGAUUUGGAAAACUCAGAGGAUCCUGCGCUUUCUUUUUACACAGUUCUAGUUCUAGUGAAUUUACGGUCCAUGUGGUCUCGGUUACGGCUCUGACUCUACGGCACCAAAGCCGGCACUUUUGUAGGGCGACUUUGAGGACCGUUUGUAGAGAAUCGCAAACCGGAAAGAAGCCCAGGCAGAAAGAUGGCGGCUUUUCCAGGCUGUGUGAAAGAGGCUGUAGAGAUCCUGCAAAUUGACACAUCAAUUUUCACGCAGAACCCAGCAAAUCAAGAUAUUUUCACGACCGUGUGGGUGCGCUUUCACAUAAUUGCACACCCCGGCAACCCACAAAAAGGCAGUCUGUGUAAAAGGGGCUGUGAAUCGACACAUAAGAGUUAUAACAGAGGAUCUGGCUUUUGCUUUUUAUGCAAAAACAAGGUAUUUCCACGACUGCGCGCUUUCACACAGCAACACAUCUUCUGAUUCUACAACUCCAAAGUCAACCCACAAAAACGCAGAAUGAUGGCGACUUUCACAGUUUGUGUAAAAGGGGCUGUCGAGAUUUGGAGGAUCCUGCUUUUUUACACAGUUCUAGUCCUAGUGAAUUUACGGUCCAUGUGGUCUCGGUUACGGCUCUGGCCGGCACAUUUGCAGGGCGACUUUGAGGACCGUUUAUAGAGAAUCGCAAACCGGAAAGAAACCCAGGCAGAAAGAUGGCGGCUUUUCCUGGCUGUGUGAAAGAGGCUGUAGAGAUCCUGCAAAUUGACACAUCAAUUUUCACGCAGAACCCAGCAAAUCAAGAUAUUUUCACGACCGUGUGGGUGCGCUUUCACAUAAUUGCACACCCUGGCAACCCACAAAAAGGCAGUCUGUGUAAAAGGGGCUGUGAAUCGACACAUUAGUUAUAACAGAGGAUCUGGCUUUUGCUUUUUACGCAAAAACAAGAUAUUUCCGCGACUGUGCGCUUUCACACAGCAACACAUCUUCUGAUUCUACUACUCCAAAGUCAAGCCACAAAACUGCAGAAAGAUGGCGGUUUUCACAGUUUGUGUAAAAGGGGCUGUCGAGAUUUGGAAAACUCAGAGGAUCCUGCUUUUUUUACACAGUUCUAGUCCUCAUGAAUUUACGGUCCAUGUGGUCUCGGUUACGGCUCUGGCCGGAACAUUUGCAGGGCGACUUUGAGGACCGUUUAUAGAGAAUCGCAAACCGGAAAGAAACCCAGGCAGAAAGAUGGCGGCUUUUCCUGGCUGUGUGAAAGAGGCUGUAGAGAUCCUGCAAAUUAACACAUCAAUUUUCACGCAGAACCCAGCAAAUCAAGAUAUUUCAUGACGGUGUGGGUGCGCUUUCACAUAAUUGCACACCCCGGCAACCCACAAAAAGGCAGUCUGUGUAAAAGGGGCUGUGAAUCGACACAUUAGUUAUAACAGAGGAUCUGGCUUUUUGCUUUUUACGCAAAAACAAGAUAUUUCCGCGACUGUGCGCUUUCACACAGCAACACAUCUUCUGAUUCUACUACUCCAAAGUCAACCCACAAAACUGCAGAACGAUGGCGGCUCUCACAGUUUGUGUAAAAGGGGCCGUCGAGGUUUGGAAAACUCAGAGGAUCCUGCUUUUUUUACACAGUUCUAGUCCUCAUGAAUUUACGGUCCACGUGGUCUCGGUUACGGCUCUGGCCGGAACAUUUGCAGGGCGACUUUGAGGACCGUUUAUAGAGAAUCGCAAACCGGAAAGAAGCCCAGGCAGAAAGAUGGCGGCUUUUCCAGGCUGUGUGAAAGAGGCUGUAGAGAUCCUGCAAAUUAACACAUCAAUUUUCACGCAGAACCCAGCAAAUCAAGAUAUUUUCACGACCGUGUGGGUGCGCUUUCACAUAAUUGCACACCCCGGCAACCCACAAAAAGGCAGUCUGUGUAAAAGGGGCUGUGAAUCGACACAUUAGAGUUUUAACAGAGGAUCUGGCUUUUGCUUUUUACGCAAAAACAAGGUAUUUCUGCGACUGUGCGCUUUCACACAGCAACACAUCUUCUGAUUCUACUACUCCAAAGUCAACCCACAAAACCGAAGAAUGAUGGCGGCUUUCACAGUUUGUGUAAAAGCGGAUGUCGAGAUUUGGAAAACUCAUUUUUACACAGUUCUAGUCCUAGUGAAUUUACGGUCCACGUGGUCUCGGUUACGGCUCUGGCCGGCACAUUUGCAGGGCGACUUUGAGGACCGUUUAUAGAGAAUCGCAAACCGGAAAGACGCCCGCUGUGUGAAAGGGGCUAUGUCGAGUGUGAGGUGACUGUAUUUGUUACUUUGUGUGCGUGCGGAGGUGGCCUGAGUGAAUGCAUCCUUACUGAAAUGUGUGUUUUUUAAUGUCGUGGUCAAGCUGUGAAGUACUACCUCCCUCCAGAUCCAAUCCUCUAUUUCACGUAGCCCGCCUUUUUUAUAGUCUGCUGCACGGCCGUGACAGAUGUCAUGUUGUGUGCAUGGUCUUAAAGCCACACGGGGAGCGUUGUCGCAGACUUUCCUGUUCUCGUACAUUCCUGCCUUACAUGAUUGCAGUGGGUGUGGUCUGACAGACUUUGGCUGCUGGCAGCCGAGGGGAAAAAAAAAAAAAGAAGACAAAAAAAAAAAAAGAUCUUUUUUGAAUUGUAUUUUUAUUCGAGUUGUUGCUCAGCCAAGUUGUAAAUGUAGCACACGUGUUGAAGUUCACUUUGGGCUCACUAAAGGUCAAUUGAAGUCUACUUUGUGUUGUGUUCUUUUCCCCCCCGCUCCCGACUUAAAAAGUCCCAAACGACAAUAAUGUUUACAUCAUACACUGGUACUAUUUAAUCUUAAAGGUAUUGAACGGUCUUAUGAAAGGACGACGAAGAAGUGAAGACGAGUAAAAAAAAAAAAAGAAGGAAUAAUCUCUGCUGUGUUGAAGACAUGCACUGGGAGAGUGUCGUAUGCUGUGUACAGUAUUUAACUAUUCCGUUUGUAGUCUUUUUUUUUUUUUUUGCAAAGAAAUAAACUUUAUUUAUGAAUUCUCUGGCUGUUAAAAUGUGUCAAAAUGAAGUCUGCUCGGCCUGUUUUAUCGCACACACACUCACACACACACACACACACACACACACACACACACACACACACACACACACACACACACACACACACACAUGUCUUGCCUACUUUGUGUGGACCCACGUUUGGUUAGUGGGUUGUGAGGGCCCCCCUUUCCACUAUAGCUAGAAUGAUGAAAAAAUAUACAUCUAGCCCUAGAUGGGAGUAGAGAGUUGCAACCAGGGUUGUCAGAUAAUGGCUUUUUGCCGAUAUCCAAUAUUCCGAUAUUGUCCAACUCUUUAAUUACCGAUACCGAUAUCAACCGAUACCGAUAUCAACCGAUAAAUGCAGUCGUGGAAUUAACACAUUAUUAUGCCUAAUUUGGACAACCAGGUAUGGUGAAGA